ACACCCACACGUAAUUCUGAAUGCCACCAUAUGGUUUCCAAUUUAAACAAUUGCACUCACAAACGACAAUAAUAUUUUAUGCAAACUUCACCUUUAAAACCCAAAAUAAUCCCAAGUUUUCUCCAGUUUAAUUGGAAAUUAUAGGCUUGAUCCGUCUCGUAUAGUCGAUGAAGUGUAAAUCCAUAGCCUGUAUAUGGUCAGGUUCACCGCCGGCUCACAAAGUCACCGCCGUCGCCGCACUCAACAAUCCUCUGACUCUCUAUACCGGCGGUUCCGAUGGCUCCAUCAUCUGGUGGAAUCUCUCCUCCUCGGAAAUCACACCUGUUGCCAUGCUUUGUGGUCAUGUUGCUCCGAUAGCAGAUCUUGGAAUAUGUGUUCCUACUACAGUUUUGGGAGAUGAGAAAUUAGAUGAUUCAAAUAAUGUGGUAUCAACUUCUAACUCAUCUAACUGUGGUGCAUUAUUAAGUGCAUGCACUGAUGGUGUGUUGUGCAUUUGGAGCAGAGCCAGUGGACAAUGCAGACGUAGAAGGAAAAUGCCUCCCUGGGUGGGGACGCCAUACUUAAUUCGACCAUUUCCUGAAAAUCGCAGAUAUGUAUGUAUAGCUUGUUGUUCCUUUGAUCAUGUUCAUUUAUCCGAUCAUCACUCACCUAGCACUGCUGAGAAGGGUGAAACAUUUGCAGAUAAAGACUCACAACAUGCAAAACCAGUAAAGUGCACAGUUGUUAUUGUUGAUACGUAUACACUUGCUAUCGUCCAAACAGUUUUUCAUGGGAGCUUAUCAAUUGGGCCUUUGAAAUCUGUGGCUGUAAUUUCAUCCUUUGGGGAUGUGUUGACCGAGUCAGUGAUGAUGGUUGAUUCUUUUGGUAAAUCACAAUGUAUACCAAUAUUAAAGGAGUGUGAUUCAAGCACACAAAACAUGACAGCCAAGACUAACUUGUCUGAUGCAGGCAAAAUGGAUUGGGUAAAUGGGUCAAAGGACAGGGGACUUCUGGUGGCCUUUGCAAAUCGUGGGCCGGUUUUAGCUUUUGUAUAUGGUACAUGCUGCAUAUUUAGUCUAUUAGAGGAUGGAAGUUCCGUGGGAGAGAUAUCUUUCUCAGAUGAUCUGCUCUCUAUUGAAGGGAAGUCACACGCCAUUGGUGGCAUGUUUGUUGGAGAUGAUAACAAUCUGCUUGAUUCUGAAGAUUCAGAAGCCACAUUCAUUGAAAAAUUUGUUGUAUGGAAUGGUAAAGGAGCUGCCAUAGUGUACAGGAUAUGUUACUCAAGUAAUAUCUUCAUAUAUGAACCUUUUGCUGCUAUCCCAGUCAUUUCUCAGGAGUCUAUCAUGAGCAUAUCUAUCUCUUUCGUGCAAGUGAGCAACUGUCUUUUCCGUGUUGAAUCAAUUUCUUUUCCUAUCAAUGAAUUAUUGAUUUGGAAACCUCGUCUGACAUGUUGGGUACUGCCUAAGCUGCGUGACAAAAACGAGAUAAAUUGUCAAGAAUGCAGACUUUCUGGUGAAGGUAGAAUAUUUGAUGAUUGGACUCCUAACCAGAAUGCCCCUGAAAAUGAGAUUCCUAGGCAGGUUGUUAAAAUAGACACCGCAGGUGGGAAGGACAAAUUAACUUCCUCGCAGGAUGCUGCUACUUUUUUCAAAGCUAUUGAUGAAAGGGUUUUAAAUAUCCACAAAAAUGGAACUUAUGAAAGAAAAGAACUAGUGUCUUCUUCAAUGGUUAUUUCUGAAGAGUAUGUGCCAUUGGCUAUUGUAUAUGGGUUAUAUAACGGUGAUAUAAAAGUUGUUCGAUUUGAUAUGUUCUUUGAAGAAUUAGAUUUUCUUGGUCAAAAUUCAUAUCCCGUGUCAAAAGCACAUGCCACUCAACAUUAUCUCUUGGGGCAUACAGGAGCUGUACUGUGUUUGGCUGCACAACGAGUGCUGAUUAGAUGCCAAGGAGGUAGCAACAAUUAUGUUCUAAUCUCUGGAAGUAUGGACUGUACUAUUCGUGUGUGGGAUCUUGACUCCAGCAGUCCCAUGGUUGUAAUGCACCAACAUGUUGCUCCAGUUCGCCAAAUAAUUCUUCCACCAUCUCAAACAGAACGCCCGUGGAGUAAUUGCUUCCUCUCUGUUGGGGAAGACUCAUCUGUUGUCCUUUCUUCACUGGAUACCAUGCGUGUAGAGCGAAUGUUCCCUGGACACCCAUUUUAUCCUGCAAAAGUUGUGUGGGAUAGUAGAAGAGGCUACAUAGCAUGUCUGUGCCCAAACCAAACAGGAACAACUGAUGCAGAUGUUUUGUACAUUUGGGACGUAAAAUCAGGUGCUCGUGAGCGGGUGCUUCGUGGAGCUGCUGCUGUCUCAAUGUUUGAUCAUUUCUGCACAGGAAUUGACAGAGAUCUCCCUAGUGGCAGUAUGAUAAGUGGAAAUACUUCGGCUUCCUCAUUGCUUUUUCCUGCUACUGAUGAAACCAAGUCUCCACCACCUCAGUCACAAACUGUGGGAAAGGGAAUUUCUUCAUCAAAUAUACCUGUUAGUACAAGCGUGUCUGGAAGUACUACAGGAUCUAAUCGAUCUGCAUUGCCUCAAAUCAGAAAACAGCCUGUUAAAGGUUCUUGUCCUUUUCCUGGAGUUGCUGCUCUAUCUUUUGAUCUCACCUCUUUGAUGUCUCUUUGUCAAGGAGAUGAGUCCUAUAAAACAGAUAGUUCUGAUCCGAACAAAAAUCAAGUGAAAGAAAUAAGGGUUGAGUCUCCCAAUAAGAGGACUAAUUUCAAGGGUCAGGAAACUGGCAUCCCUAGUUCCAGUGAUCAAAGCAUCAAUGAUAAAUCUGGUGGUACCUCCAUUGAAGCUGCAAGAGAUUCUGAAUGGAUGUUCUUGCUUGAAAAAUGCCUGCUUCAGUUCAGCUUGUCUAUUUUGCACAUGUGGAAUGUGGAUGCUGAACUUGAUAAAUUGCUAGUGACUGAAAUGAAGCUAAAAAGACCACAGAAUCUUCUCGUAGCUUCUGGUCUCUUGGGGGAUCGGGGGUCGUUGACUUUGACAUUUCCUGAUGACACUUCAACUCUGGAGCUUUGGAAAUCAUCAUCAGAGUACUGUGCAAUGAGAUCUCUAACGAUGGUGUCCCUUUCCCAACAUAUGAUUAGCUUGUCACAUUCCUUUCAGGCAGCCAGCAGUUCUUUGUCAGCAUUUUACAUGCGGAGCUUUGCCGAGAAAGUUUCUGAUAUAAAGCCUCCCCUGCUUCAGCUUUUGGUGAGCUUUUGGCAAGAUGAGGCUGAGCAUGUUAAGAUGGCAGCACGUUCCUUAUUUCAUUGUGCUGCUUCACGAGCCAUUCCACCUCCACUACGCCGGGAUAAUCCAAGAGAUAAUGAGAAUGAAGUAUCACCAAGUGGGAACUAUGAUUCAGUCCCAGCGGAAGAACCCACCAACUGCUUGAGGGAUGACAGACAAAUUGUUACUGAAGGGAACUCUGAGGAUGAAGAAUCUGAAAUAAGAUCAUGGCUAGAAUCAUUUGAAAUGCAAGAUUGGAUUUCUUGUGUUGGGGGCAUGAGCCAAGAUGCAAUGACAUCUCAUGUCAUUGUUGCUGCUGCAUUGGCUGUUUGGUAUCCCAGCCUUGUGAAACCAAGUCUUUUUGGCUUGGCUGUUAAUCCAUUGGUGAAGUUGGUUAUGGCGAUGAAUGAGAAAUACAGUUCCACUGCCGCAGAAAUUCUGGCUGAAGGCAUGGAAAGCACAUGGAAGGCAUGCAUUGGUUCUGAAAUACCCCGCCUGAUUGGGGACAUAUUCUUCCAAAUUGAGUGUGUCACUGGUGCAUCCGCUAAUACCCCUACCAAGAAUCCAUAUACAUCUGUUAGGAUUCGUGAUACUUUGGUUGGAAUUCUUCUCCCAAGUUUAGCAAUGGCCGAUGUAUUGGGCUUUCUGAAUGUCAUAGAACACCAGAUCUGGUCAACUGCCUCUGAUUCGCCUGUUCAUGUAGUAUCCCUCAUGACUAUAGUUAGGGUUGCACGUGGUUCUCCAAGAAACUUAGUUCAGUAUCUUGAUAAGGUGGUUACUUUCAUUUUACAAACAAUAGAUCCUGGAAACUUAGCCAUGCGAAAAACUUGCUUGCAAAGUUCAAUGGCGGCAUUGAAGGAAAUUGCACGCAUAUUCCCUAUGGUGGCACUAAGUGAUCCAGUGACACGAUUAGCUAUUGGAGAUGCUAUUGGAGAGAUUAACAGUGCAAGCAUUCGGGUGUAUGAUAUGCAAAGCAUCACAAAAAUAAAAGUCUUAGAUGCAAGUGGACCUCCAGGAUUUCCCAGUUUGCUUGGCGGAGCUUCAGCAAUGAAUGUGACUACUGUAAUAUCAGCUCUCAGCUUUUCACCGGAUGGAGAGGGGCUAGUUGCUUUUUCUGAGACUGGGUUGAUGAUAAGAUGGUGGUCGUACUCCGUGGGAUCUGUGUGGUGGGAGAAACUUAACAAGAACCUAGUUCCUGUUCAGUGCAUGAAACUGAUUUUUGUCCCACCUUGGGAGGGAUUCUCGCCUAAUGCUAAUAGGUCAAGCAUAAUGGAAAGUGUAUUCUCUAAAGAUGGAGAUGCUAAUUCACAGGAGAACACCAAUGUGUCGAAUGAAAUGGACAGAUUUAAACAGCUGCUUCAUAAUAUUGAUCUUUCUUAUAGAAUAGAAUGGGUUGGUCACAGAAAAAUAAAACUCACACACCAUGGCCGUGAUUUGGGCAAUUUCCAGCUAUGAGAGCCCUGCGCUAUACUAAAAGUCAACUCCUUGAGUAGGUAAAGUUCCAAGUCUUCAGUUUCCUAUGGUAGUUUUGGCUUUCAAUGGGAGAAGUAAUUCAUCUUUACUGUGGUUAUCAUUGGUUGUUAACUUGAGCCACUCAUAUGCCUAGUUCUCGAGUUGAUGUUUCACCAUCUCUACAAUAAUUUCAAACUUUUUGAACUGCAUUUACGCAGAGAGGAAAUUCUGUACAACGCAGCCAGAACAGUCAGAUGUGUGCAUAAACAGAGUACAUUUGGUCAGUAGAGGUGGUAAUUAGAACCUCUAAUGAUAUGCAUGUUGAUUUUUCAUCAGAGACAAUUUUGUCCGUGCUUCGUCCACUUUCGUCUUCUGUUUUGGUUCUUGGGGAUGGUUCAUGUCUUGUACAAGUAACUGAUUUCGAAGAUGUGGUGGAAUUACUUACCGGAUUAUUAGUACAGUUCGUACAAAUGUAAAUCAAUAGCACCGAAGUCAUAGUUUUUGUAUAUUUCGAUUGAUUUGAUCUUCAUUGGUGCUUGA